CUUUGCAGAAAGUUUUUUCCUGCAACCCAACGUCCGCCAUCUAUCCGCAUCCCGCCACUACGCCUCAUAUUUUGGUCCAAUCCAAUACAUAUUUUGAGCUUGGGAAUUUCUUCAUCUAAAUAUUUACCAUGACAACCGAACCUCCUGCCAAGAAGCAGUGCUUGGGCGUCGACUGCGCCAAAGAUGCGGGGUCGUUACAAUGCCCAACUUGUAUGAAGCUCGGAAUCAAGGGGAGCUUCUUCUGUGAACAGGAUUGUUUCAAGAAGAGCUGGGGCGCCCACAAGACUGUCCACAAGUCCAAGACCAACCUGUUGCGAAGCAUCAUCCCGUCCAACAAGAUCCAACCCGAUCCUGAGACCGGCCUCUACAACCCCUUCCCUAGCUUCCCGUUCUCUGGACCUUUACGCCCUGUCUACCCGCUAUCUGACAUGCGAACUAUCCCCAAGUCUAUUCCUCACCCUACUUGGUCUGUCGACGGCGACCCCAAGUACAGCCGAUCAAUCAUAAACCGUAACAAGUUUGAGAUUCUCGAUGAAAAGGGUAUUGCUGCUAUGCGCAAGGUUGGCAAGCUUGCCCGUGAGGUUCUGGACUUGGCUGCUGCCGCGGCUAAGCCCGGUGUCACUACCGACGACAUCGAUGAGAUCGUGCACAAGGCCUGCAUCGAGCGCAAGUCUUACCCUUCUCCUCUUAACUACAACCACUUCCCCAAGUCCUGCUGCACAUCCGUCAAUGAAGUCAUUUGCCAUGGCAUUCCCGAUAAGCGUGUUCUCAUUGAUGGUGACAUCCUCAACAUCGACGUUACAUUAUACCACGAAGGUUACCAUGCCGAUUUGAACGAGACCUACUACAUUGGAGACAAGGCUAAGGCGAACCCCGACAACGUUCGCGUCGUCGAGGCUGCACGUGAGUGUCUGGAGCAGUCUAUCCAGGCUGUUAAGCCUGGCGUUUUGAUCCGCGAAUUCGGCAACAUUAUUGAGAAGCACGCCACCGAGCAAAAAUGCAGCGUUAUCCGAACUUACUGCGGUCACGGUAUCAACAAGCUCUUUCAUUGCCCUCCCAAUGUUCCUCAUUAUGCCAAGAACAAAACUGUUGGCGAGUGCAAGGCCGGCAUGACUUUUACCAUUGAGCCCAUGAUUGCUCUUGGCAAGUACCGUGAUAUUACAUGGCCAGACAACUGGACCAGCACUACCAUUGACGGUAUGCGCACAGCUCAGUUCGAGCACACUUUGUUGGUUACAGAAGAUGGCGUCGAGGUCCUCACUGCCCGCUUCCCUACAUCCCCUGGUGGCCCGAUCCCCAUGCCUGAGAAGGAGUAAAUUAUGAGACUUGCACAAAAAGUACCUAUAGACAUUAAAAGCAUUGAUGAAGCACCGUUGUUGUUGCUGUUGUGUUUUUCUUUUGGUACGGCAUUAGGUUGUAAUGUCUCGGAAAUAUCAUAGCGAGGAGUAGGGGUCGUGAACGGUGUGCAUUUGAAUGGAGAAGAAACGCAGUUUAUAUAUAUAUAUAUAUUGAAAUUAUUUCUAUG